UUUUUUUCAUAUUUUCUAUCUUCCCAGUGGAGUUAUGGCUUCCUCAAAGAGUUUUGCAGUGAGACUAGCACUCCUCGCUGGUCUUGUGGCCGUAGCCUGCGCCAAGGGAUACGGUGGCGGCCACGGUUUCAAUUACCAAACUUAUUAUCAACCCCAACCGCAAGUGUACGCUCAGGUCAUUCCCGGAAGAGUCCAGUACUACACCACUGGAGUCGGAGGUGCAGGGGUCGGGGGUGGAAUAUCGGGAGGUCUCUCGGGCGGAGGUGGAUUAGGUGGUGGUUACGGAGGUGGAUAUGGCGUCGGAGGCGGUGGAGUUAACGGUAUUUCGGGAGCUCUCGGCCAGAGCGGUGGAUUCUUGAUCGGCAUCUUGAUUCUUCUGUUCAUCUUGAUGCUGAUCCCCGCCAUCAUCUUGCCCAGUAUUUCCAGCUUCUCCGACCCAGAUAAUUAUAUCAGUUGAUUUAAACUGACGAUCAAUUCGUGUAUGGUAUAGCCUUUCAGUGACAGAAAAGUUCAUUUGUAUUAUUGUAUUAUUUGAGGAUCAAUAAAACCAGUCGCACAUCA